AAACACAAACAAGAACCAGCUGAUAUGACUUCCUGCCAGCAGCAGAGUCCAUGUAAAACUAUUGUUUAUUGUUAAGUUUGAGCAUUUCUGAGUUGAUUUAACCAUCCUUAUAUGUUGUAAACGUGCCGUACAAACUACAGCGCUUCUUACAGUUUUCUCUCAGUUUUAAAACGGCGCUUAUUCCCGGAAACAACAGCAGCUUGGAGUAUUAGCUUAGCCUGUUAACUGGAACCAAACCAAUCACACAGGGGAAGAGAGAGCCGCUGUGCAGGACAGACUGGAAAUCUGRUGGAGUUAAAGGGGAGAAAAGCUUCUGCCGUGUUGGUGUGAAAACAUCAGAAAAAAAGAUGGAGGGACGGACACACAGAGAGCAGAUGCACUCUCGGUUUCAAGACUUGUCCAGGAUGAUGUGCAGGAUAUAAAAUCCCUAUAACUGGUUGAGGUGAUGACACCAAAACUGGAAAAUACAUCCAGCAUCUGAUGCUGACGAAAGAGGAACUUCCUGCUGAGGAGGAGAACUGGACUCCCUCACCAGUCCAGAACCAGAACCGCCUUGAAAUUAAAGAGGAACAGGAAGAGACGAAGAUCAUAGAGUUCAUAUUCAACCCUGGCCAUGUAAAGAGCGAGGAUGAGGAGGAGAAACCUCAUCUCUCAGAGCUUCCUGACUGUCAGACUGAGGAAAACAGAAACUCACCAGAAACAGACGAAUGUUUAGAAUCAGAUGAUAAAGAUAAAACUUCAGGUUCUUCAGAAACAGAUGUCAGCGAUGGAAACUGGGAGGAGAGCGAUGGAACUAAGCCAGGAUUGGACCCUGUUAUAAAUACAUUAUCUGUCACUGAUAUGGUGUAUGACACACGUAAGAAGCUACACAGCUGCCAUGAAUGUGGUAAAACUUUUAACCAAAAGUCAGAUGUUUUGAGGCACAGCAGAAUCCACACAGGAGAGAAACCUUUCAGUUGCUCCAUCUGCAACGCAGCUUUUUCCUGGAAGCACGUCCUGGCUCAACACAUGAGAACACACAGUGGAGAAAAACCCUUCAGCUGCUCCAUCUGUGGUCAGCGGUUUGGAAGGAAGAUACAUGUCACCUCUCACAUGAGAAGUCAUACUACAGAAAAACCUUUCACCUGCUCCAUCUGUGGUCAAAAGUUCAGCCGGAGGGAAAGUGUGACACGGCAUAUGAGACGUCACACUGAAGAAAAACCUUUCAGCUGCUCCGUUUGUGGGCAAGAGUUUGGCAGGAAGGAAAGUCUGACCUAUCACAUGACUCAUCACACUGAAGAAAAACCGUACACCUGCUCCGUCUGUAACAAAGCUUUUACUUUGAAAAUAACUUUAAUGGAGCACACGAGAAUCCAUUCAGAGGAAAGACCAUUCAGUUGUUCUGUCUGUGGUGCAGCUUUUAAAAGGAAGCAUACUUUAGCAGAACACACAAAAACCCACACUGGAGAGAGACCUUACAGUUGCUCUGUUUGUGGACGAAGUUUUGUUCAACUUAUCAGUUUAACUCGUCAUAUGAGGGGUCACACGGGAGAAAAACCUUACAGCUGCUCCACCUGCAACAAGACGUUCAAAUGGAAACAAACUUUUCUGACGCACACAAAAAUACACUUCGGUGAAUGAUUUUCAUCCUUUGAACAGGCUCUUCCUAAAUGUCCACGAAGGUUAGACAAAGUCUGGUCAUGUUUUCAGUGGCAGGUGAGCUCAUGUUGAAUCUGCUGUGUUUAAAUAUAAUAUGGAAAUACCAGGAAAAAAGUCAUUUUUAUCGAAACAAAACAGACAAAAAUUAAACUUAAUUAAAACUUAUCCAUGUGUCCCAGUCAAUUAAGUUUGGUGAGUAUUUAUGUAUGUAAUAAUUUUAAUUUAAAUUGUGAUACAUAAUUUUAAACUAAUUAUUGUACAUAUUUUACAUUCU